GUGAAUAGGAAUCGCCUCAUCCGGGCUGCCCCGUAACUCAAAACGAGCCUCGCUGUUCGAGGCUGACAACGACUGGGCCAACGCUCCCCAGAAUGAACAGCGUGUUUCAGGAAGAAGUUGGCGCCUGCGGCCCCGUAUACGGUUAGCUAGCACGCUAACCGAAAGUAUGAAAGAUAUGCCACAGUAAUGACUGUUCAGUCUAUCGUUAUUAAAGAAUUCCACAAUGAACGACAUGGAAUUCAGCGUCCCCCUGUCCUCGCUGGCUCUCCUGGUCCCACCACUUCGGCUGAUGUCAGCAGUGAUGUGGGAAGUGGUCCGCCAGCGGAACAUAAAGCACUAUGGGAAACUGGAGGAGUUUGUGUCCAUGGUAACAGAUGCAGUUCCUGAACUGAUGAGUAAAAGAGAGGGGAGACUUCUCUCACUGGGCCUGAGAGCAAGAACAACUCUUGAACUGUUGCGUUCAGAACAUCCAGAGGACCUCAAGGCCGUCGAGACCCACCUCAACCGAAUCCGAUCUUCUUGCAUUGAGGAGACAAAUGAUCCUGUAAUUGAAGCGCCAGAGGCAAACUUUAUGAAGCUGGUCCAGGGCCUCAUUGAAGACACUGAUGGCAGAGAACACUUCCUCAAGAAUGUAUUUCCAGUUGAGUAUGGCCCUGACUUUGACACGGCACUGGAGACUCUGGUUUGUGAAUUCUUCACCAGGCUGGAGGAGCUGCUGCCGAUACCAGAUUUUAAACAGACUGCAUCCUGGAUCAGUGCUGCCCCUUCUGUCCUAGAGGAGUACAUGCAGUGUGUCUCAAACGGAGAUGAUCUUAAAUUUCUUCUCCAAAGCAAACAGUGCCACGGGAAAUUAGCUAAGAGUAGCGUUGCUCCAUUUCAGUCGGAUGAUCUUCUCAUUCCCUCUCUCUGUCUCCCCCCGUCGCUGGAAGUGGCCAUCGCUUCCCACCCGAGUGCUUGUGAUGAUGAAAAUAAUGAUGUUCCUCAGAUUGUCAUGUUCGAUGAAGAACUGUCUACGAACCCUUCGACAUCCGCUGACUUUCCAGAGUCUCCAAAAAGAACUGAUAUCUCAUCUUCUCCUCGCAGGAGGCAGCAGUCGGGGAUGCAUAAAUGCCCCGAGUGUGACAAAUGCUUCAAGCAUCACUCUGUUCUCAUCGAGCACCAGAGAGUCCACACUGGGCUGCAGCCAUACAACUGCUCCGAGUGUGGGAGAGCUUUCAGAACGGCCACUCUGUUGGCCGGUCAUAGGCUGAGGAAAUGCAAAAAUGCUGCAUACCUGUGCAUUAAAUGUGGGAACAGUUUUCCAACCUCACUGGAGAAAUUUAGACACCACUGCCCAAAACGUGGCCGUAACUACGAUUGUGGGCACUGCGGAAAGAGCUUUCAAAAGUCUAGCAGCUUAAAGGAACACCUGUUGACUCACGCCCAGAGCCGCCUGUUCAAGUGCAGUCAUUGUGGGGUGGGUUUUUCAGGAAUUGGUGACCUGAAGUAUCAUCAGCAGGUAGAUCAUGAUAAGCCUUAUCAGUGUAAGCAAUGUGGAAAGAGCUUCAUCUCUUCCAAGUGUCUGGUCAAGCAUCAACAGCGGCAUGAAGAGGUUGGUGAAAUGGAGACAGCCAAAUUAAUGAGUGGAGGUAAACACAGGAAGAGUGGCUCAACUCAUCGGAUAUCUUCCACAUCCAUAUCCUCGAGGAAAACAUCUAAGACCAUCUACCCACGAGGGCGAGUCACACAUAACUGUCCACUGUGUGGAAGGAGCUUUAAGUAUCGUUUUGAAUUUCUUGAACACCAGAGGUUCCACACGGCGGUGAAGCCUUACAAAUGCUCUCAGUGUGGUAAAGCCUUUCGCACAGAGGCUCACCUGUCUGGCCACAGGAAAAGAAAAUGUAAGAAUGCCGCCCACAUUUGCACCAAGUGUGGGUGUAAUUUCAGGUCUCUCCACGAGCGGGUCAGACAUCAGUGUGUCCAGCUACUGACAAAAUACGAGUGUUCGCAUUGUGGAAAGACCUUCAAGAUGGCCCACCUGCUGAGAAACCAUCAGAUGAGUGAACACCAGCUCCCCUACAGCCCCAACCAUCGCUUCAGGUGCCGAUAUUGCGAUGAGACCUUCCCUGGCAUCAGCGAGCUGAAGUACCAUCAGAGAGUCGACCACGAGAAACCUUACCAGUGUCAGGAAUGCGGCAAAUGUUUCUUGUCGGAAAAAUGCCUGGCCAACCACGAGCUUCGCCAUAACGACGACCGACCGGAGAGCUGCCUCGUGUGUGGCCGCGGCUUCAGGAACCGCUACGACUUGAAGCAGCACAUGCGCACUCACACGGGAGAGCGGCCGUAUCAGUGUACUCACUGUUCACAGUGUUUCUCCACAGCAGGAGGACUGAGGAGUCACACCAGAGUCCAUACCGGCGAGAAGCCGCACGUUUGCCCAGAUUGCGGCAAGGCUUUCUCCCAGAUGGGUGCUAUGCGCACACACAGGCUCACCCACACAGGAGAGAGGCCGUUCAAGUGCACAGUGUGCGGCAAAGGCUUUACAAUGGCACACAAGGUUACAGUUCACAUGCGUGUGCAUACGGGAGAGCGGCCAUACGUGUGCUCUCAGUGCGGGAAAGCCUUCUCAGAUGGAAGUGUGCUGAAGCAGCAUACGCUAAACCACUCAGGGGUGAGACCGUACCACUGCCAAAUCUGUCCCAAGACCUACACCUGUCUGAACCACCUGAGGAGGCACCUGAAAAGCCACUCUAACAUGAACUGAGUCAGGCUCGAAGUCAAGCCGUUGAGUCUUGGAUAACAUUUUCACUUACACAGAGACACAGCAUUUGGCAGUUAGGUUACUAAAAUGGCAGCGGACCAACUAAACCAAGCAAUACAUGAAGGAUGAUACACGGAUGCUGUACAGUUGCUGUUGAAAUUGAAGUGAAAAGUUCAAUUUCCUCUUCACUGUAAAGUAAAUAUAGGCACAUUAGCCACUUGAAGGAGGUUUACAUUUUGGGAAUUGCACUAAAUCACUUUGUUGCUGAGCAUUAGAAAGGACUGAUAUUGCUCUAAUUUUUGUUUGUUCAUAGGCUGGAACUAGGGAAUGUUGCUCAACCCAAAGACUAAAAGCAGGAGGGGGCAGCUGGCCUGGCUCUGUUGAAAGGUUUUAGAAAAUCUGCCCAAAGAAGAAAUGAUCUGGCACAUAUUACACCAGUCUUUUUUUAUAUUUUAGAUGUUGUAUUUUAUAGAACAAACAAGAUACUAUGCUAAUUAUUGACCUUUAGAAAUGCUGUGAACAGUCAGGUUGAGCCGUUUUCCUGGGUACAGUCUUUAUGCUAAGCUAAUGUUGCUAAUGUUGUUAUCUGUAGUUUCAUAUUGAAAAGACAAUUUGAAAGCGGUAUAUAUCUUCUUUUUUAACAGAGCAAGAUAGUGAAUAAGUGCAUUUCACAAAAUGUGGAACCAUUCCUUUAAUUUAAGCACAGUCAAAUGGUCCAUUGUUUUCUGUUACUUCCAACGAGACUAUUCUUUUGGACAGUUUUUUUUUUUUCUUCUUUCAUCGUUUUCUUAUGCAUGAAUAUGUUUGGAUGUUGACCUGGAUAUUAUUUGGCAGACGUAUGUUCAGAAGCUGUACGUAAUAUUGGUGGAAAUUAUAUUUUUUUGGAAAGGCCUCAGAGGAAAUGGAAAUCAACUUGUUGGCUCUGUAAAUAUGCUGAAAGACAAACUGUUGUGAGAGUGCAAAGUUAAAAUCACGACACCAUUUAUUUCAACACGACAUAAAUGUAUUCCUGUAGGCCUUCUAUAUCCUAUGGUUUGACAACAUUGUGGAUUUCAAAUUAAAUGACCUCGGUUAAUACUCUGUU